CAUCUUUUUCAGCAUCUAAUAUUUUAUUUUAAUUAACUUUUGAUGUUAGGGUAAUUUAAUGAAAGCGGCGUUGUUUGAGGAUAUAUACAAGCGUACGCAGAUCUGAUCCAGCAAAGUCAAGAGUACAUGAUGUCGAAUCCAACAAUCCACGCUGUUGAUGGAAAGUAUCAAUCAAAAGCUAGCGAAUUCCAAAUAACAUUCAAUAAUCGGACCAUCAUCCAGCCCACUGGUUCUCCGUCGAGUACCUCUGGCCCAACCUAUCAUGCGCUAUCGAAAAUUCCUCGCGUUGCAAGUCCUUAUGACAGAUAUGGUAGAUGCGCUAAACUCUUGCUUGCAUAUGCAGUACUCUUGCAUCGGUUGAACUUUACUUAUAUGCCUUAAUUUACAUGUGUUUGAUCUCAUACUUCUUCUUUCCAAGUGCAUAAAUAAAGUCAUCUUUUCUUACUUUUUUACAUGUUCUCGAAAUUGUUCUUUUUGUUAGAGACAUACACAAAGUUUCUGGAGCUUUUGCCCAGCAAAAUAGUGUGUGUGAAAUUCUGAUUACAGAUCACAUGUAUUCUUUUACCCAUAAUUAGAGUUAGAAGCCCAUUCAUUUCAUGUAUCUAUAGCAUUGUCUUGUUGAUAUUUGUUUCCAAAAGCAGCUCCUAUCAACCUUUGAUAAUCUAAGCUUGGAAUGACUUAGCUGAUUUCUUUAAAGAAAAGCCAGUAUCAUAUCCUAUUAUUGGCUUUACUUCUCUCAAAGUGACUUCACAUAAUCGUUAAAAUUUACUUAACUCUAAUUAUAGUCUCCCCUUGUUUUGCAUAAUGACAUUUUUUUAAAAAAGUACUUACAACUUUCUUGGACAACUAAUGGGCUUUGGCUUAUCGACUACAAGGUUCUCCUCCUUCAUAGUGACACCAACUGGCGAGAAGGCAUCUCAACUCAACCAUUGGCUUGUAUUUUGCCUAUAUUCAUUAUAUAUAGAAUAUUAGAGUUCUUUGCUUUUUUACAGCUUAUUAUAACAACACUUUUGGUUUAUAUAGGGCCUCUACACAUGGAAACUUGCUCGAUGAACGAAAGGCACAGAUUCAAUAAACCCGCACACCUUUGGAUCAAAGACGCCAUACAACAAUAGAUUUUAUCAAAAACAAAAAUGCGCACAAUACAAUACAAGAUGAACGCUAUUGUAUUACAGCAUUUAUCCCCAUAUGCAAGUUACUUUUACAUUCGAUGCUGUAGAUAGCAUAGGUUGUAUCAAUCUCACAGCGUUCAAUAACAACGUCGCAAAGUUGUCUAGGAAAACAAUUUAUGCUUUAUAUUCUCCCACAACUUAUGUAAGUAAUAUGAGCAUUCACUUUGUUUAAUAAUGAUCAAAAUUAUUAAUAUUUUUUCCAUAAACAAGAAGAGAUUACUUCGUAUGAAGAGAUAGAAACCUCAUUCAAAGAUAAACCAAUCUGCAUUGAAGUAGGCCCCACAACUACACUAUUAAAGAAUGGAGUCCUCAAAUGGGUGUUAAAAUCAAUUUUAGGCGAACCACUUCUAACACAAGAAGUCUAGCCGCAAAUCGAACAGCUCCAAACCACCAUUUCAUCAAAGGCUAUAAACCCAAAUUAUAUAGCUGUUCUUGAUUCUCCACCACCUAGGAAGUCAGAAAGUUCACUACUAUUUUCUACCCCAACUGCUGCUGCUCAUCAAGAUACCUCUCUGACACCCAACUCUAAUCUAUCUUUAGCUGCCUCAUCAUCUUCAGCAAGUACACCACCACUCGAGUUGCAAGUGUGUCGUAGUUUAGACUUUCGCCAUAUGGAAUGUAGUUCUAAUCCAGAUGACAUCACCUCCUAAUCUUCUACUAUUGAUUAUUUUUGGGUUCUUUAUGGUGUGCACAACUUUUGAACACGCUACAUGCUAUGCAUUCAAACUUUUGUUGCCAUAUCAUAGAUGCUUAGGACUUCUUCACAUGGGAUGCUUCUUGAAAACAUUAGAUUUAUGCUACUUCAUAGACCUUCUCUAAAUGUAUCCCUAUGGAUGAAUUGUGUUGUUUAUUAUUAUUGUCUCAUUUUCUAUAAAUGUUGUUGUUUGUGUUCUGUCAUUGUUGUGGGCUAUGUUUUGCCACACUAUAUCUUGUUCUGUCAUUUCUAUUGCCUUGGAUUUUGUCUUUGUGUUUGUCUCUUUGUUACGUUAGUAUAUAUGCAGCUGUCAAAAUACAUUGGUUAGGAUGGGCAUCAGAGUUUACAACAAGUUGAUUGGGAUGUAGUCUUCAACAGUGCAAUUCAGAAGAAAAAGAUCAGAUAACCUACAUUGCAAGUACUUUCACUCUCCUCUCAAAACUCAAAAGUUCACAGAGAGGCAGAAACCCCUAAACCCUCUCAAAUCAACCAUGGGUGCAGGAAAACAAGAAUUAGUAGUGGCAGAACCACCAAAAACUUUAAUUCAACUAAACCCAAUUGUUCAAAUUCAAUCUAAAUUCAAAGAAUUGGAAAUUCACCUUAAAACAUGGCUUUCAAAACAAUCUCUUCCUGUUGAAGCUGCGGUUGUUACUGCUGGUGGUGCUGCUCAAGGUGCUCUUAUUGGUGCUCUUAUGGGUACUCUUACGCAAGACAUGCCUCCUUCUAUGUUACCUCAACCUGCUCCUGGUCUUGACCCUAAAGCUAUGGCUAGUCUUCAACAAGCUCAGGCUCUUUCAGGGGGUCCUUUUGCUCAAGCUCGCAAUUUUGCUGUUAUGACAGGUGUAAAUGUUGGCAUCUCCUGUGUAUUGAAGAGAAUCAAAGGGAAAGAGGAUGUAUGGUCCAGCAUGAUAGCAGCAUUUGGUUCUGGAUCCAUGUUUGCUUUGGUUAGUGGCAUGGGUGGGCCAAACCAAAUUCCCAAUAUGAUCUCAUCUGGAGUUUUCUUUGCCCUUGCUCAAGGUGGAAUUUACAAGCUGGGAGAAAAGUUCUCUAAAUCUCAAGUACAAGAGGCUGAUCCGUUUUAUGUAAAAACAAGAAGCAUGUUGUUUAGUCUUGGCCUUCAGAGCUAUGAAAAGAACUUUAAGAAAGGCCUGCUAAAUGAUCGUACAUUGCCGCUGCUUACUGAUAGUGCCCUUAGAGACGUAAACAUCCCUCCCGGUCCAAGACUUCUCAUUCUCGACCAAAUCGAAAGGGAUCCAGAGCUAAAAGAGAGGCGAAGAAAGUAAGACACCUAUUUUCCUUUCAGACUAGUUUAACGAAGCACGGAAGAACACCAUCAGUGGUAGAAGGAAAUGAAAUCUUUUACUGUUGAGUGUAGAAGUUAUUCAUUUGAAAGGUAAAUGAUGCCUUAGAAUUUUUGGAUUUGCGAUGUAGUGACCAUGAUAUUUAUGAAUGUGAUCAACCAGGUUUUUGACAGUAUUAUCAUAAUUUAGUACAAAUAAUGUUGCCAUUAUUUAUUUGUUUUGUCUUGUCCUUAACAUUAAAACUGUUAGGCCCGUUUGGUUAGUGGUAUUAAAUGGUGAUAAUGGGAAUAAAUUAUAGCGUAAAGUUUCAUCAAAAAUUUUGUUUCAUUCCCAUGGUAAUGAAACUUUGAUCACAAAUAAGUUUUUUUAUUUACAAAUUUCCAUUGGAAUGAAUUUUAUGAAGAAAAUGAGAUGAUUGGAGUUGGAGAACCAUAUUCAUCAAGGUAGCAAAAAGAUUUUCAACUAAAAUUAUACUAAUUUUUCAUUCUCAUUACCACCGUUUAUUACUACUUACCAAAUGGGCCGACUUACGUCUUCCCAUUAAAUUAUGUUUUUGGUUGAGUUGAUUUUUUGUUUUAUAAAUCUGUCAAUUGACAUACAAAUUGUUUUCCUACAUUACAGUGCAUAUGUCAACAGAAAUUUGGAAACAAAAUAAAAAAAUAUCUAUCUAAAUGGUUCAGCCCAUUAAGCUGGUAAAUUUUAUUCCUUUACAUUCAGAACAUUUGAGUCUUAUAAAACACUAUAUGUACCCACCAAUUAUUCUCCUACAU